AUGUUUACUGCAAAAAAACUACUUUGGGUGCUAAAAGAACAUGGACAGUCUUGGGAUGGCGCUUGUUUUCGUGACACUAUCCUUCGACAACAGGUGAUCCCAUUUCUUCGUGAUUCGUCCAAUGUUCUCGAUACGAACGAAGUGAUAUUUCUUCACGACAAGGCACCUUGUAUGAAAGCGAAUGCAACACAACAUCUUUUAGAAGAUGAGAAUGUGAAUUUCUGGGGAAAUUCAAUUUGGCCAGGCAAUAGUCCUGACAUGAAUCCUGCAGAAAAUAUUGGUGCAAUUAUUAAAGAUAAAGUUGAGGAACUAAUGGCAAAUGAAGAUCGUCGUAGCAGAUACAAUUACGAUGCACUGAAAACGAAUUUGGAGAAUACGCUCAAAGAUCUUGAAAAUGAUACAGAUCUUUUUAUUGACUUGUUAUGCUCGAUGCGAAAAAGAUUUGAUGCUCUCAAGGCUGCUGAUGGAGGUCAUACGAAGUUCUGA